AUGGCGACGUUAAACCGGAAAACGCUUCAGAUGUCCCGCACACCACACGAACAGCUCUACUAUGGCAUUGAUGAUCAAGCUCGACGUUCCAUUGUUGGAUCGGUGCUGGACUCACGUCAAAAGGGAUUCCAUGGUCAAACUCGACUAAUCACCGUCACUCCUGAUGCUAUCAUUCCGUCCGUACACGAACCGAUAGAAGCUGGCGUCGGUUCAAGAAGACGAAAAAGCGACAUAUUUGACUCUCGGGGACGUCGCCAGUGUGUUACCUGGGAGACGAUGACCGACGAAGAACGAGAGGAAGUGCAGAGAAUGAAGCGAAAGGACGAAGCAUUUAAAACGGCUCUCUGCGAUGCUUUUAAGAAAUUUGGAUUUUGUCCAUACGGUGACAGCUGUCGAUUUGCUCAUGGUGACAGUGAACUUCGACUUCCUAGUCAGCCCCGUGGUAAAGCACAUCCUAAAUAUAAAACACAGCUUUGUGACAAGUUCUCCACUUUUGGACACUGUCCAUAUGGGCCUCGGUGUCAAUUUAUACACAAACUGAAGAAGGGUCUGCCACUCAUUCAAUACGAGAGGCUGCUAGCCGCAGGUGAGAUAUCGCCGGAAAGGGAGGAUGAGUCGAAUAUGCGGCCAGCUUCACAAAUCAGUCGUCGCUCAACGGGAUCUAGUCCGACGAGACGGUUGUCGUUUGAACGUGAGAUUUCGUUGAUGCCAAGACCGAAGGUUCCGAAUGCUGUCUAUCCGAAGAUGGAGAUUAUUAAUAUAGAAAAAGCAUGCAAGUAUGCAGAAGAUGUUGUUGAUGGGACGGCUAGUUCUUGCCGUCGUUUGGUCGAAAUCGAUGACAUGAGGUCCAAUAUCGACUUCAACAUAGGCCAAAUUGGAAGGCCAACUUCAAUGCAUUCGUUAUCGAACCGUGGUAUGAUUGGUGAUAUUCGAUGUAUUCCAAUUCUACAACAAGUUGACUCUGUUGAGGUUACUAAAGAUGUCCGAAGUGCACAAAAGAAAAAGGUGCCGGAUUUGUCUCUUAUCAAGGAAGAACCUGAAGAAACUCUGUCACAAGAGAGAAGGCAUUUAUUGCGGAUGGCAGAGGAGUUGAACUGUGACCUGGACGAGGGUUCACAUCAAGGUGGCUCUGACGAGUUUGGCUUUUUCACUUAUGCGUUAAUUGUUGGCGGUUUUCCAGAACGUGGAAAUGAGUCAAAGGAAAAUUUUCAAGCAUCGUCCGAAAAAGUGGAAGACUUACUGGAUUUGGAUUAUUACGAAGGUUCUCCCAAUCCGCAUGAAAGAGGAGAUGAGAGUUCGGAUGGCGAGAUAAAUGAUUCAUCUGACGAAGAUACGAAAGGGGAUGGUGGUGUCGAAAAAGAGGAAGGAGAACUGGAUGACAGUGACGACGAGCGCGAGACUGAUAUUUUGAAGAAACGAAGAGUUCCUAUCGAAGCUCGUCUGACUCGUCCAAUUGCUGUACGCGAUAAGUUUGUUAGAACACGUGACUGUCCAUACGAAAUAAACGGCUCCUGUAGUUGGGGUCCAGACUGCAAUUAUGUUCAUCGCAGUAAAGCUCAGGAUUCUGGAAGGUUCUUCAACAGAAAAAAGCCAGUAGAAGAAACUUCAUGGGAACGAGGUCUUCGAGAAGCUCGAGAAGCCAUGCGAAGAGCAUCGAAGAAAAGGGAAGAGCCUGAGUUCGAGACAAAGCGUCUGACAGCAGCACCUACGGGCGAACGAAACAGAAAUGCACAGGAUUCAGAUUCUGACGACGAGUCUUCCUCUCACAGGUUCAUUCAAUUUAGCAAUGCACCUGCUGUUAAACAAAACGGUGUACGUAGUGCGACUCGCGGUUCGCCUUGCUAUUCUGAAGAUGACGAUUCCGUUGCAUCUCGACACAACGUAGACUGUGGACGGUUCAGGGAUUCUGGAAUUUACCGAGAGCGAAGAGAAAUUAAGGAUUUGGGACCGCAGGUCCGCUAUCCUUGUGGACGACCACAGCCUCGUCGUUACGAUGGGCAACGAAACGUAGGCACUGGUAGCAGUAAUCAACAGCCGUCUCGUCAGGACAAGGCUAAAGACUCCGCUUAUCGUCCAAGUCGUGAUUCGUCUUCAAACAAAACAUUGACUAAAGAAAAUCGUAGUUCAAGGUUAUCUCCCUCUCUUGAUGUAUCUCCUAUCAGCAGUGAUUCUUCAUUGUCACCAGAUCGAAGUCCGCGGAAAAGUUCCAUAGCAACAAACUUAAAUAAAGAAUGCGAUGAGAAUGUGAAGAAAAAGGCAGCUCAAGGUGGAAGUGCUAUGGGUGAUGUAACAGAUCCAUGGACAGAUAGACGUCUUUCGCCGCCACGAGGUGAUAUUACUGGAUAUCGUAUUCCCAAAAGACGUCGUUCUUCGGCUUCUCAUGACCGUGCAUCGAGAUCUGCGCGUACAAAUUUGGAAACUAGACGCGCUAGUGCCUACUCAAGAAAAUCCGAUAAACCAGAUUUUGCAAAAAACAGUCAAAGCCGCAUUUCUGAUGAUGAUGAUGAUGAAGCUUUGGACGGAAUUAUCAAUCGAGGAGCCCAAAAUAUUAGUGAUUCAGAAUCGGGUCGCUCGGUUAGUCGCAGUGCCUCAGUUAUGUCGUCGUCCUCAUCAAGUUCUUCACCAAAUCGGUCUCCAUCGCCAACUCUACCAGCUAAAUAUCGGGUGCUUGGUAAUAAAAGGAAUGCGACGAUGCCGUUAGAUAAAAACAUUUCAUCUAUGUCGGAUUCGGAUGAGAAGGGCAAAGGGCGCAGUCGAAACAAAAGCUCAUCAAAAGGAAAGAGGAAGUCUCCUUCACCUCAGCUGCGUACAAUAUCACCUUCACCAUCACCUCCACCACCUCCACCUCCACUUGACGAAGCAGUGGGGUGCCAUCAUUCGCGAGAGAAAUCUGAAACACCUCCGCCACCUCCACCUCCGUUACCAGUAAUCAAUGACAUCGUCGAAAGACAAACUCGAAAACUGCGAGAAUCAGAAAUACGUUCAUCAGAAGGACGGUCAAAGAUCGAUCGAAGUCCACCAAAGAAGAAGACGAAACGUUUAACAGAUAGGGAACGGCGCAAACGUGAACUGAUGGAGCAGUUACGUGCUGUUGAGGCGGAGUUGAAGAAAAGAACAGCGGCAACAUCUGCUUUAUGA